GUAAAAGGAAUACCACUUUCCAGCUAUUGCUAGACGACUCAGAGCAAUCUACACCCCGCUCAAACCAAUUGGCAACCGUUGGUACGUCUCCUUUAGAGUCGUUCUAGAAGCCAAAGUUUACUCAGUCAAUGGGGUUGAAGCCAAUCCCCGUAGCAUUCCUUUAUUUAUACACCGACCUAGGUACAUUCCUUUAUCUUCUACUCUUAUAUUUCAACCCGACAGUAUAUAUAUCCCCUGGUUACAUGUGCUACCUCAGUCGUUUCACCCUUACUGCGCCGACUAAGUUCUAACUACUCCGUUC